CUGUGUGCAGUAUACCUGUCUGUGUGCAGUGUAGCUGUCUGUGUGCAGGAUAUACCUGUCUGUGUGCAGGAUAUACCUGUCUGUGUGCAGUUUAGCUGUCUGUGUGCAGGAUAUACCUGUCUGUGUGCAGUGUAGCUGUGUGUGUGCAGGAUAUACCUGUCUGUGUGCAGUGUAGCUGUCUGUGUGCACUGUAGCUGUCUGUGUGCAGGAUAUACCUGUCUGUGUGCAGGGCAGCCUGGGAUCCUUUGCUACCUGUGCACGGUUUGCCACAUUCUACCUGGAAUCUCUAUGUGACACCUACCUUGGGAUAUCUUGGCACCUGCUGACUAUUAAAAGCGACCUGACAGCUGACAGAUCCUAAAACCCAUUGAGGAGCAGAGUGAAGUCAAAGUACCAUGGGAUCAGUGAAACAAUGUAUCCACUGGUGGCUUCUGUCCACUGCCAUCUGCUCUGUGGUUUGCACACUGCCCGAGUGCUCAAUCAUGUGGACGAUCCAGCUUAAACGUGAUGAAUGUUUCGAAUUAAUGGAGAAUGAAAACGAGACUUCUGGUUGUGCACGAAUGUGGGACAAUAUAACGUGUUGGCCACCAGCAUCCGAAGGAGAAACAGUCAUGUUGAAUUGCCCCAGUUUUUUUGGCUACUUCUCCAAUGCACAGGGAAAUAUCUCCAGAAACUGCACAGACGAACAGUGGUCAAAUCUAUAUCCGGGUCCUUAUGAUGUAGCCUGUGGUUACGAUUCUAACAGCACUCAAACAGAGGAGGCAGCUUUCUUUGGGAUGAUAAAGACGGGUUAUACCAUCGGACAUAGCUUGUCUCUCAUAUCUCUUACAGCAGCAAUGAUUAUUUUAUGUAUAUUCAGAAAACUUCACUGUACGCGCAAUUACAUUCACAUGCACCUCUUCAUGUCGUUCAUUAUGAGAGCUAUUGCAGUAUUUAUCAAAGAUGUAAUUCUCUAUGAAAGUGGGGAAUCUGAUCACUGCAAUGACGGUUCGAUUGGGUGUAAAGCUUCAAUGGUGUUUUUUCAGUACUGCAUUAUGGCCAACUUCUUCUGGCUCCUCGUAGAAGGUCUCUAUCUUCACACCCUGCUGGUCAUUUCUUUCUUUUCUGAAAGGAAGUAUUUUUGGUGGUAUAUCAUGAUCGGCUGGGGCGCUCCAACUGUGUUUACCUUGGCUUGGACUAUUACCAGAAUUCAUUAUGACAAUACCGGGUGUUGGGACAUCAUUUCUUCGCACUACUGGUGGAUUAUUAGAGCUCCUAUUUUGGUUUCAAUUUCGGUAAAUGGUAUUCUGUUUGUUUGCAUCAUACGGAUUUUGGUUCAAAAAUUGCACUCUCCAGAUGUCGGAAGGAAUGAAAACAGCCAAUAUACGAGACUGGCCAAAUCCACGCUUCUUCUAAUUCCCCUUUUUGGAGUUCAUUAUAUCAUGUUUGCAUUUUUUCCUGAUAACUUCAAGCUGGAGGUGAAGUUGAUAUUUGAACUAAUCCUUGGAUCUUUCCAGGGUUUUGUUGUGGCAGUACUGUACUGUUUCCUUAAUGGAGAGGUUCAAGGUGAACUAAAACGUAAAUGGAGAAGGUGGCACAUGGAAAGGUUUUUGGGACCCGAUACAAAAUAUCACCACCCAUCCCUGGGCAGCAAUGGAACUAAUUUCAGUACCCAGAUUUCAAUGUUAACAAAAUGCAGUCCGAAGACAAGAAGAUGCUCCAGUUUUCAAGCAGAAUUUUCCUUAGUCUGAACAAUUACAUUUCAAGAACUUGAGAGCAAAACUUGAGGGAAACUUUACCUUGAUCAUCAUACAGGUUUAUGGAAAGAAAACAAUUUGAAUUUGCACUUUAAGAGCUAGUUUUUUGUGGUUGAGCCUUCAUGACUAAGUGGAUCAUUACCGUUGCAUUAAACAUUGAAUAGAUGAACACUUGAAAAAUCUGGCAUCAUUCUAGAAUGUCUUGUAACAGCUGUAUAGCCAACCCAGUUUUCUAUCCAUAUUUAGAAGAAAAUGAAGUAACCAAGACUUGGAAAAAAAAUAUUUUGUAUUCCCCCAAAAAAGGAGAGUCUUUAAAAAGACCUGGAAAAUAUAUAUAUCGGAACUAUGAAAUAAAAUACCCCAAGAAGAAUACAGUGUCAAGCUGAAAAAGCUUCAAAAUAAAAUGUGCAACAAUGCUGAUGAUCAGGUGUGAGACAUUAACUGAAUUUCUUAUGAUAUGAUACCGAUCAAAAAUUUGAAAAGAUGGAAGGUCUGGUUUCAUAUCGGAAACACUUCUUAUGGGUGUAACAAAUCAAACUUCUUUGGUACAAAUCCAGGACAGAAAGUUGUAUGCACAAGGUUUAUCAAAGUAAAAAGAAAUAACUAGAGUGAAUUUCAAAAACAUUUUAUUUUUUUAUUCCUUUAUGUUAUUGU